UUUUUUUUUUUUUUUUUUUUUUGAGUCCUUUCAUUCUCGAAGAAAGGAUAAACGUUCGAUAAACGGUCCUCGAACAAGCUCGUCGCCCCAAGCCAAGAGAGAUCAGUACCCUGCAAGAUGCCACCCAAGAAGAAGGGAAACAAGAGACAGGAGGAGGACUGGGAAGCAGACCUCGGAGAGUCUGCUCCUGCCGCGAACACCCAGGCUGAGGAGCAACCUCAGGAAGACGCCACCGGCGACGGUGAAGAAGCUGGUGGUGGCGGUCUACUCGCCGCUUUGAGAAAGAACAAGAACAAGAAGGCGAAGAAAGGCAAGGUGGUCAACGAUUUCGUUGAAGGCGAGGACCCAUCAGAGGAUGCGAACGGAGCCGUCGAUCUCGCUAGCAAGCAGCCCGAGGAGGGAACCUUUGACGAGGACGAUGUCUUUGCCGGAAAGAAGAACCAGAAGCCCAUCAAGGCCGCCGCACAGGCGCCACCAAAGGAGCCCGAGGAUGAUACUUUCCGUGUGAAGAGUAAGAAGGAAAAGGAAAAGGAAAAGAAGGAGAGAGAAAAGCAGCGAAAGAAGGAGCAGGCUUCUCAGAAGAAGAAGACAGCUCCCGCUCCCGCUCCGGCCAAGCCUCAGCCGACCAAAUCCGAUGAACCCAGUGGUGAUUCUACUCCUGCACCUGCUCCCGCAGCCCCAGAGCCCGCCAAGAAGGGUAGAAAGCUUCCUCCUCACUUGGCGGCUCUCCAAAAGCAGCAAGAGGCUCUCAGAAAGCAGCGUGAAGAAGAAGAACGGCUCAAGGCUGAGGAGGCGGCUGCCGAAGCGGAAAGAAAGCGCCUCGAUGAUGAAGAAGAGAAGAAGAGAGAGGAGGCACGUCAAAAGAGAAAGGAGAAGGAGAGGGAAAAGAAGGAGCAGCUCAAGAAGGAAGGUAAAUUGCUGACCAAGGCCCAAAAGGAAGCCAAGGAACGCAAUGAGCUGCGCAUGAAGCAGAUGCUUGCCGCUGGUGUCGGCAAGGUUGCUGGUCUUGAGGAGGGCGGUGCCGAGAAGAAGAGGCCUGUCUAUGAAAACAAGAAGAAGAAGGGCCCCAAGAAGCAUGAGGAAGACCUUGAGGCUGCUGCCGCUCGCGCUCAGGCCCAGCGUCAAGCUGAGGAAGAAAAGCGCAAGAAGGAGGAAGAGGAAAAGAAGGCCAAGGCUGAAGCUGAAGCUGCCGCUGCCGCUGCCGCCGGUGGAGAGGACAGCGAGGUUGAUGACUGGGAAAAGGCCGCCGAGGCCGAUGAUGUGAAGGACAGCUGGGACGCUCCAUCCGAUGAGGAACAAGAACCGAAGAAGGAGGCCGCUGCUACACCCAAGCCAUCUGAGGAUAAGAAGGUUGAAGAAGAGGAGUCAUCAGAAGAAUCCUCCGAUGAGGAGUCGGACGAGGAGCAGUCCGCUACCCAGAGAGCUGCCGCUCAGCGAAAGGCAGAAGCUGCCGAGCGGAGACAGAAGCAGCACGAGGAGGCCCUGGCAGCUCGGUCGAAGGACAACCUGCGUUCCCCCAUUUGCUGUAUUCUCGGACACGUCGAUACCGGAAAAACCAAGUUGCUGGACAAGAUUCGACAAACAAACGUCCAAGAAGGCGAAGCUGGUGGUAUUACCCAGCAGAUUGGUGCCACUUAUUUCCCCGUGGACGCAUUGCGCCAGAAGACCAACGUUGUGAACAAGGAUGGCAAGUUCGACUUCAAGAUCCCUGGUUUGCUGAUCAUUGAUACUCCGGGUCACGAGUCCUUCUCGAACUUGCGGUCGAGAGGUUCAUCUCUCUGUAACAUUGCCAUUUUGGUUGUGGAUAUUAUGCACGGUCUUGAGCCCCAGACUCUUGAAUCUAUGAGGUUGCUUCGUGACCGCAAAACACCUUUCAUUGUCGCGUUGAACAAGAUCGAUCGUCUUUACGGCUGGAAGAAGAUUGACAACAACGGUUUCCAGGAGAGUUUGGCCAUGCAGAACAAGGGUGUUCAGAACGAGUUCCGCAGCCGUCUUGACCACACGAAGCUCCUCUUCGCCGAGCAGGGUUUCAACUCCGAGCUCUACUGUGACAACAAGUCGAUGGCUCGCAAUGUCUCCCUCGUCCCUACUUCCGCGCACACCGGCGAGGGUAUUCCAGACAUGCUGAAGCUGCUGACAACGUUGACCCAGGAGCGUAUGACCAACGCUCUCAUGUACUUGUCCGAGGUUGAGUGUACAGUUCUUGAAGUCAAGGUCAUUGAGGGUCUUGGUACCACUAUUGAUGUUGUUUUGUCGAACGGUAUUCUCCGCGAGGGUGAUCGGAUCGUACUGUGUGGUCUCAACGGACCUAUAACAACCAACAUUCGAGCGUUGCUCACGCCCGCACCACUCAAGGAACUGCGUCUCAAGUCCGCGUACGUUCACAACAAGGAAGUCAAGGCCUCCCUUGGUGUAAAGAUUGCUGCCAACGAUCUGGAGCAGGCAAUCGCUGGUUCUCGUCUGAUGGUCGUCGGCCCUGACGAUGACGAGGAGGACAUUGAGGAGGAAGUCAUGUCUGACUUGGAGAACCUGCUUAGCAGAGUUGCCAAGGACCAGCGUGGUGUGACUGUUCAGGCUUCCACUCUUGGUUCCCUGGAGGCGUUGCUUGAAUUCUUGCGGGUUUCCAAGAUCCCGGUUUCCAACAUUUCCAUCGGUCCCGUUUACAAGCGUGAUGUGCUGAUGGCUGGAACCAUGUUGGAGAAAGCCAAGGAAUUCGCAGUCAUGCUCUGUUUCGAUGUCAAGGUUGACAAAGAUGCGCAGGCCUACGCUGAUGAGAUUGGUGUCAAGAUCUUCCAGGCAGACAUCAUCUACCACUUGUUUGACGACUUUACCAGGCACAUGGCUGAGUUGACUGAGCAGCGGAAGGAGGAGAGCAAGCUUCUUGCUGUCUUCCCUUGCGUUAUCAAGCCGGUGGCAGUGUUCAACAAGACCGAGCCCAUUGUCAUUGGUAUUGAUGUGAUCGAAGGAAGUCUCAGACUGCACACCCCUCUCUCAGCCAUCAAGACCAACGCUACGACAGGUGCUAAGGAGAUUGUUGACCUAGGCAGAGUGGUGUCCAUUGAGCGUGAUCACAAGGCGAUCCCUGUCUGCAAGAAGGGUCAACCCUCUGUCGCCAUCAAGAUUGAGGGUUCUAACCAGCCCAUGUACGGCCGUCAUCUGGAAGAGAAGGACACUCUGUACUCGCGCAUUUCCCGUGCCAGUAUCGACACCCUCAAGGAGUUCUACCGCUCUGACGUGUCGAUGGAGGAAUGGGCUCUCGUCAAGAAGCUCAAGCCCGUGUUCGACAUUCCUUAA